UUCAUUAUUCUCUUCCCCAACCCUUUCUCUCUCUCUCUCUAAAGCAUUGUUCUGUCGUAGCCUCGUAGGAUCAUCACCAAUUGGAGCUAGCCCUUUGCCUCUGAUCCAACAAUCUCAAGCCUAACUGAGCCUACUAUUUAUCUUCUCAUGAUCUAGUGAAUAACUCGGAACAAUGACGAGGGUGUCCCGUGAUUUUGGUGACACUAUGCAAAAGGAGGCGGUGCCUGUGGUUUCAGCAGAUGUGAUAUUCGCUUCUAAUAGGUUUCCUAGUUACAAAAUUGGAGCUAACAAUCAGAUCAUAGAGACAAAGGAUGACCCAAAAGUGUUAUCUAUGAAGGAAGCUGUUGCACGGGAGACCGCACUGCUAUUGGAACAGCAGAAACGUCUCUCAGUUCGCGAUCUUGCUAGUAAAUUUGAGAAGGGUUUAGCUGCUGCUGCUAAGUUAUCUGAAGAGGCUAGACUUAGAGAAGCAGCAUCAUUAGAAAAACAUGUUCUUUUGAACAAGCUUAGAGAGUUGCUUGAAUCCUUGAAAGGGCGUGUGGCUGGCAGAAACAAGGAGGAAGUAGAGGAUGCUAUUGCAAUGGUUGAAGCUCUAGCAGUUCAAUUAAGCCAAAGGGAAGGGGAAUUAAUACAAGAAAAGGCAGAGGUGAAGAAGCUUGCAAGUUUUCUUAAGCAGGCCUCUGAAGAUGCUAAGAAACUUGUAGAUGAGGAAAGAGCUUUUGCUCGUUCUGAAAUUGAGAAUGCCAGAGCAGCAGUUCAGAGAGUUGAAGAGGCUCUUCAGGAGCAUGAGAGAAUGAAUCGAGCUAUUGGGAAGCAGGACCUGGAACAAUUAAUGAAGGAGGUUCAUGAGGCUCGAAGAAUCAAAAUGCUUCAUCAGCCAAGCAGGGUUAUGGAUAUGGAACUUGAGCUUCGGGCUUUGAGGGCUCAACUAGCUGAGAAGUCUAGACAUUAUCUUCGACUUCAAAAAGAGCUAGCAAGGGCAAAAAGCGGUGAGGAAAAUGCUUCUCAUUUAUAUGAACUAGAAGGGACUGAAGCGUUAGGUUCAUAUUUGCAAAUUCAACCCUGUUCUGAUAAAGCUCCUGAACUUUCAAAAUGUUCAAUUCAAUGGUAUCGUGUAUCAUCUGAAGGUGCCAAAAAAGAGCUUAUUUCAGGAGCCACGAAACCAGUGUAUGCCCCUGAACCUUUCGAUGUUCGACGUAAAUUGGAAGUUGAUAUUAUCUCAGAAGACCAGCACAUCAUCUUGUCAACAACUGGUCUGAUAGAUCCAGCUGCCGGUUUGGGAAACUAUGUAGAGGCACUUGUGCGAAAGCAUGACACUGAAUUCAAUGUGGUUGUAAGUCAAAUGAAUGGUUUACAUCAUUCAACCGAGUCUAUUCAUGUACUUCAUGUUGGAAAGAUGAGGAUGAAACUUUGUAAAGGAAAGUCAACAAUUGCCAAAGAAUACUAUUCAUCUUCAAUGCAGCUCUGUGGAGUUCGAGGAGGUGGAAAUGCCGCAGCACAAGCACUAUUUUGGCAAGCAAAGCCGGGCCAAACAUUUGUGUUAGCAUUCGAAUCAGAGCGAGAAAGGAAUGCAGUUAUCAUGCUUGCAAGGAGGUUUGCAUUUGACUGUAAUAUCAUGCUUGCCGGACCAGAUGACAGAGCUCCAUUAGGGACAUGAGGUGAAGGUUCUCCUUAAAAUCAUCAGUCUCUAGAGUUGUGAAGAUGUAAUUAUUUUGAGUUGUUGUAUUAUAAGUGUGAAGAUGUAAGACUGUGAGAGCAGAACAUGGCUUGUUAUUGUUUUGUGGUGGG